AGAAAGUGUGGAUGGGCAAAGAAAGGAGUGAGACGACUGUCUUGAGAUUACGUGAGAGUUUUGAGAAAUUGCAUAACAACCCUUUCGUCGUAGCGUCGAACUUUGUUUAGGAUAGGAAAGACGUGUUUGCUGCUCAAUCCUGAAGACAUUUGCCCUUUUCUUGUAAAAGCAGGAAUAGAAUAACAGCUUUAGUCAUGGUUACAACACCAAUGAAAAUUAAGGUGCUUCUGCUGCUAAUAUGGAUAUUAAUCUCGUCUCAUAGCGCAGACGCAAACUGCGGAGGAAAUGUGCCAGAAUGGUCCGCGACAAUCCAGUCGCCAAAUUACGCCAACAACCUGGACUGCUACUGGUUGCUCUCUGUGUCGGAUGGUAGCAUUAUCAGCCUGAGUUUCUCCUACUUUAAUCUUGCCAACUCGGAAGGGUGCAAGAACGAUUAUGUCGAGCUGUAUGACGGGAAGACUACCACUGCUCCCCUUAUUCGUCCGCGGAUGUGCGGAUUGAUGCUUGGAGAUACUGUGAGGUCAACUGGGAAAUAUAUGCUUAUGAAAUUGCACUUUAAUGAAAGUGGACAGCCCGGUGGUUUUUUUGCUCAGAAAACAGGUAUUUGUAAUGUGGAGUUGAACGCUACUAGCGGAUUUAUCACGUCACCUAGCCAUCCGCAGAAUUACCCUCACUCGCUGUCGUGUCUCUGGCUCAUUAAUCUUGGGAUGGGCUACAGAAUAACAACCAAAUUCCAUUCGUUUGAAUUGGAGGAGGAAAAAGACUGUAAAUUUGAUUUUCUUAAGGUUCAACAAGGUGCGACGGAUAGCGCUACAUUAAAGGGUAUUUUCUGUGCAUCUAUCAUUCCCCCGGACCUGACGACCAUAGGACCUACAAGAAUAUCAUUUAUAACGGAUAAGGACAACGAGCUUUCUGGAUUCAAUAUGUCCUACUCAUCUGUCGAUCGCAACGAGUGCCUGCUUCCUGGAUCGUGUCAUUCAAAUGCUACAUGUGAAAAUACGAUCGGCUCAUAUAUCUGUACUUGUAAGAUCAGUUAUACGGGGGACGGUAAAACGUGUAUCUGGUACAAAGAAUUUAACGAAUGCGACCUAAAUCUUGACAACUGCCACCCUGAUGCGAACUGCAUUGACACAAGAACCGAGUUUUACUGCAGAUGUAAGCCAGGAUUUCUUGGAGAUGGCCUUAGCUGCACAGAUAUUGAUGAAUGUACGACUACCUCACUUCAGCAUCGGGACAACUGCCAUCGUAACGCCACGUGCGCUAACACUCAUGGGAGUUUUACAUGCACGUGUAUUGCCGUCUACACUGGUGAUGGUGUGAACUGUGUCGAUAUCAACGAGUGUGAAGUUGGUUCUCAUAACUGCCACGCAGACGCCACCUGUAUUAAUACUGAUGGAUCCUUUACGUGCGCCUGCAAUGUGGGAUAUGCCGGGAAUGGCGUUUUCUGUCAAGACAUCGAUGAGUGCAGGAAGGGGACACAUAACUGUCACUCUGACGCCAACUGCACCAACACCAAGGGGUCUUUCUUCUGCACUUGUCAUGUGGGAUACUCAGGAGAUGGCGUCACGUGUGUUGAUAUCAACGAGUGUCAGCGUGAUGCUUUGGCGCCAAUCCAUAAUCACUACGCCCACAACUGCCACGUGGACGCACACUGCACCAACACCAAGGGAUCCUUCUACUGUACAUGCAAAAACGGCUACUCUGGGGACGGCACGGCAUGUGUCGACAUCAAUGAGUGCGUUCUUGACUGGCACAACUGCCAUUCAGACGGUUACUGCAUAAAUAUCCCAAGCACCUUCACGUGCGCCUGUUCGGUGGGAUAUACAGGAAACGGAACCAACUGCACAGAUAUCGAUGAAUGUGCACUUGGCACACAUAACUGCCACUCUGACGCCAACUGCGCCAAUACCAAAGGGUCGUUCUACUGCACCUGCCAUGUGGGGUACUCAGGAGAUGGCGUCACGUGUGUAGACAUCAACGAGUGCAAUCCCUUUGCUCUCUCGGCAAAUCAUAGUUACUACGCCCAUAACUGCCACUCUGACGCCAACUGCACCAACACCAAGGGGUCGUUCUACUGCACUUGCCAUGUGGGAUACUCAGGAGACGGUGUCACUUGUUCGGAUAUCAAUGAGUGCAGACCGAAUGCACUGGCAUUCACUCAUAGACAUUACGGCCAUAACUGCCACUCUGACGCCAACUGCACCAACACCAAGGGGUCGUUCUACUGCACUUGUCAUGUGGGAUAUUCCGGAAACGGCGUUGCUUGCUAUGAUCUUGAUGAAUGUGCUCUCGAUGCCGAUAAUUGUCAUGCACGUGCAAACUGCACUAACACCAAGGGAUCCUUCUACUGUACGUGUCAUGUGGGAUAUUCCGGAGAUGGCGUCACGUGUGUCGAUAUUGAUGAAUGUAGAACGGAUGCUCUCGCAUUGCACCACGUUCAUUCCCGCCACAACUGUAACUCUGACGCCAACUGUACUAAUACCGAUGGAUCCUUCUAUUGCACGUGUCAUGUAGGAUAUUCCGGAGAUGGUGUUGCAUGCACAGACAUCAACGAAUGCAAGACAACGGCUCUUGCCCCGUACCAUACUCACUACGCCCACAACUGUCACUCUUACGCCAACUGCACCAACACCAAGGGAUCGUUUUACUGCACCUGCCAUGUGGGCUACUCCGGAGAUGGAGUAACUUGUGUUGAUAUUAAUGAAUGCAAGACUACCGCUCUGGCCCCGUACCACAGUCACUACGCCCAUAACUGUCACUCUGACGCCAAUUGCACAAACACUAAGGGGUCGUUCUACUGCACGUGCCAUGUGGGAUAUUCCGGAGAUGGAGUUACAUGCCUAGACAUCAACGAAUGCCGCCCUUCGGCAUUAUCCUCAACCCACAGUCACUACGCCCACAAUUGUCACUCCGACGCCAACUGCACCAACACCAAGGGGUCUUUCUACUGCACGUGCCAUAUUGGAUACUCCGGAGAUGGCGUCACGUGUAUUGAUAUCAAUGAAUGUUAUCCCUCAGCGUUAUCUUUAAGUCACACUCAUUAUCGUCAUUACUGUCAUUCUGACGCCAACUGCACCAACACCAAGGGAUCGUUCUACUGCACCUGUAAUACGGGGUACUCUGGUGAUGGUGUGAUAUGUGUGGAUAUCAAUGAGUGCAAUACAGACGCCUUGGCCCCAUACCACAAUCACUACGCCCAUGACUGUCACUCAGACGCCAACUGCACCAACACCAAGGGGUCGUUCUACUGCACCUGCCAUGUGGGAUAUUCCGGGGAUGGAGUGAUAUGCUCAGAUAUCGAUGAGUGCCUACCAGCAAAGUUAUCUUCUGUUCACAAGUUUCUUGCUCACAACUGUCAUCUAGAUGCCAACUGUACCAACAAUAGGGGUUCCUUCUACUGCAAUUGCCAUGUGGGAUAUACAGGCAGCGGUGUGCAAUGUAAUGAUGUUGAUGAGUGUGCAUUGGAGACUCACAACUGUCACUCUGACGCCAACUGCACCAACACCAAGGGGUCGUUCUACUGCACAUGCAACACGGGAUACUCGGGAGAUGGUGUGUCUUGCUACGAUAUAAAUGAAUGCGAUAGUAAAAGUCUAGCAUCUUAUCACAAUCACUACGCCCAUAUUUGCCACUCUGACGCCAACUGCACCAACACCAAAGGGUCGUUCUACUGCACCUGCCAUGUGGGAUACUCAGGAGAUGGAGUUACCUGUGUUGAUAUCAAUGAAUGCAAGCCUUCGGAGCUCUCUUCCAUCCACAGUCACUACGCCCAUAACUGCCACUCAGACGCCAACUGUACUAAUACCAAGGGGUCGUUUUACUGCACUUGCCAUGUGGGAUAUUCCGGAGAUGGAGUCAUGUGUAAAGAUAUCGAUGAAUGCACUCCAUCGUCCUUAUCGGCUUUGUAUUCCCAUCUUUCCCACAACUGCCACUCCGACGCCAACUGCACCAACACCAAGGGUUCUUUCUACUGCACUUGCCAUGUGGGAUAUUCAGGAGACGGUGUAUACUGCACAGAUAUCAACGAAUGUAAAACUACAGCCUUAGCUCCGUAUCACAGUCACUACGCUCAUAACUGCCACUCUGACGCCAACUGCACCAACACCAAGGGGUCGUUCUACUGCACCUGCCAUGUUGGAUAUUCAGGAGAUGGAGUCACAUGUCUUGAUAUCAAUGAAUGCAAUUCUUUGGCAUUAUCGUCUAAUCACAGCCACUACGCCCACAACUGUCACUCUGAUGCCAACUGCACCAACACCAAGGGUUCGUUCUACUGCACCUGCCAUAUUGGCUAUUCUGGAAAUGGAGUUAUCUGCACAGAUAUCAAUGAGUGCAGAACUACCGCCUUGGCCCCGUAUCACAGUCACUACGCCCAUAAUUGCCACUCUGACGCCAACUGCACCAACACCAAGGGGUCGUUCUACUGCACUUGUCAUGUGGGAUAUUCAGGGGACGGUGUCGCAUGUUAUGAUAUCAAUGAAUGCAUGACUACUGCAUUGGCCCCGUACCACGGCCACUACGCCCAUAACUGCCACUCUGACGCCAACUGCACCAACACCAAGGGGUCGUUUUACUGCACCUGCCAUGUGGGAUAUUCAGGAGAUGGAGUCACUUGUGUUGAUAUUAACGAAUGCAAUACAACUGCCCUGGCUCCAUACCAUACUCACUACGCCCAUAACUGUCACUCCGACGCUAACUGCACCAACACCAAGGGGUCGUUCUACUGCACAUGUCAUACCGGGUAUUCAGGAGAUGGCGUUACGUGUGUUGAUAUCAUUGAGUGUAAUACUAAAGCCUUGGCACCGUACCAUAGCCAUUACGCACAUAACUGUCACUCUGACGCCAACUGCACCAACACUAAGGGGUCGUUCUACUGCACCUGCCAUGUGGGAUAUUCAGGAGACGGCGUUGAUUGUCUUGACAUAAACGAAUGCCAGUCUAAUGGACUUGCUCCGUACCACAGCCACUACGCCCACCAUUGCCACCAACACGCCAACUGCACCAACACCAAGGGGUCGUUCUACUGCACUUGCCAUAAGGGAUACUCAGGAAAUGGAGUCGCGUGCAUGGAGUUGAACGAAUGCACGCUGGGCCUUCACAACUGCCACGUAGAUGCUUUCUGCGUUAACACAGGUGGCCAGUUCUACUGCGUCUGUAACCUUGGGUACUCCGGGACGGGAGUCCUCUGUGCAGACAUUGAUGAAUGUUCUCCGAGCAAAUUAACGAGUUUUCACAAAAACUACACUCAUAACUGUCACUCUGACGCCAACUGCACCAACACCAAGGGGUCGUUCUACUGCACCUGCCAUGUGGGGUAUUCCGGGAAUGGAGUGUCUUGUGUCGAUAUUAACGAGUGUGAUGCGAGCACGCUUGCGCCUGCACACAGCCAUUACCGACAUAACUGCCACCCUCAUGCUCAAUGCACCAACACCAAGGGUUCGUUCUACUGCACGUGUGAAAAGGGAUAUUCCGGAGACGGCGUGAACUGUACUGACAUAGAUGAAUGCAACUCUGAAACUUUGUCUGGGGAUCACAAGCAUUUGGCUCAUAACUGUCACUCUGACGCCAACUGCACCAACACCCAGGGGUCAUUCUACUGCACCUGCCAUGUGGGAUAUUCAGGAGAUGGCGUCACGUGUACUGAUCUCGAUGAAUGUCAACCAUCAACGUUAUCUGCAAACCACAGUCACUACGCCCAUAACUGCCAUCCUGACGCCAACUGCACCAACACCAAGGGAUCGUUCUACUGCACCUGCCAUGUGGGAUAUUCCGGGGAUGGUGUCACCUGCGUUGAUCUCAACGAGUGCAAAACCACAACCUUGUCUCCGUACCACAGUCACUACGCCCAUAACUGCCAUCCUGACGCCAACUGCACUAACACCAAGGGGUCGUUCUUUUGCACCUGUCAUGUGGGAUAUUCCGGAGAUGGCGUCACUUGUAUCGAUGUUAAUGAGUGUCCUCCAUCAACGCUAUCCUCAAACCACGGUCACUACGCCCAUAACUGCCACUCCGACGCCAACUGCACCAACACCAAGGGGUCGUUCUUCUGCACCUGCCAUGUGGGAUAUUCCGGAGAUGGUGUUACGUGCGUGGACAUCAACGAAUGCCGCCCUUCGGCACUAUCCUCAAACCACAGUUACUACGCCCACAACUGUCACUAUGACGCCAACUGCACUAACACCAAGGGGUCGUUUCACUGCACUUGCCAUGUGGGAUACUCAGGAGAUGGAGUCUCAUGUGUUGAUAUUAAUGAGUGUUUUCCAAACGCUAUUUCCAAUCGCUACAAGCAUUUGGCCCAUAAGUGUCACUCUGACGCCAACUGCACUAACACCAAGGGGUCGUUUCACUGCACCUGCCACACUGGGUACUCGGGAGACGGAGUCAUUUGUGUUGAUAUCAAUGAGUGUAAUACCACAGCAUUAACCGUAUAUCACGGUCACUACGCCCACAACUGCCACCUUGACUCAAAUUGCACCAACACCAAGGGGUCUUUCUACUGCACCUGCAAUGUGGGAUACUCAGGGGACGGAAAUACAUGUGUAGACAUCAACGAAUGUAAAACUACGGCGCUCGCGCCAUACCAUGGUCAUUACGCCCACAACUGUCACUCUGACGCCAACUGCACCAACACCAAGGGGUCGUUCUACUGCACCUGCCAUGUGGGAUAUUCCGGAGACGGAGUCACGUGUGUGGACAUCAACGAGUGCAAUCCCUUUGCUCUCUCGGCAAAUCAUAGCCACUACGCCCAUAACUGCCACUUUGACGCCAACUGCACCAACACCAAGGGGUCGUUCUACUGCACUUGUCACACAGGGUACUCGGGAAACGGAGUCAUUUGUAUUGAUAUCAACGAGUGCAAAACUACUGCAUUGGCACCGUACCACGGGCACUACGCCCAUAACUGCCACUCCGACGCCAAUUGCACCAACACCAAGGGGUCGUUCUACUGCACCUGCCAUGUGGGAUAUUCAGGAGACGGUGUUACUUGUACAGAUAUAAACGAGUGCAAGCCCGAUGCAUUGGCAUUAGUCUACAGCAACUACUCCCAUAACUGCCACUCUGACGCCAACUGCACCAACACCAAGGGGUCAUUCUACUGCACCUGCCAUGUGGGAUAUUCCGGAGAUGGUGUGACAUGUGUUGAUAUUGAUGAAUGCGCUACUAGUACACAUAACUGCCACUCUGACGCCAGCUGCACCAACACCAAGGGAUCGUUCUACUGCAUCUGCCAUGUGGGAUACUCCGGGGAUGGAGUCACUUGUAUUGACAUCGACGAGUGUAGGGUCGACGAACUUGGAAAAAAUCAUAGUUACUACGCCCAUAACUGCCACUCUGACGCCAACUGCACCAACACCAAGGGAUCGUUCUUCUGUACUUGCCACGUGGGAUACUCGGGAGAUGGCGUCACGUGUGAAGAUAUCAACGAAUGCCACGCAAACGCAUUGGCGUUAACCCAUGGUCACUACACGCACAAUUGUCACUCUGACGCCAACUGCACCAACACCAAGGGGUCGUUUUACUGCACAUGCCAUAUGGGGUACUCGGGAGACGGAGUCAUUUGUUUUGAUGUUAACGAGUGCAACAACACCGCCUUGGCCCCAUUUCACAACCACUACGCCCAUAACUGCCACUCUGACGCCAACUGCACCAAUACCAAGGGGUCGUUCUACUGCACUUGCUAUGUGGGAUACUCCGGAGACGGAGUUACCUGUGUCGAUAUUGUAGAGUGCAACUCCACCGCGCUUGCUCCAUAUCACAGUCACUACGCGCACAAUUGCCACUCUGAAGCUAACUGUACCAACACCAAGGGGUCAUUCUACUGCACUUGCCACGUGGGAUAUUCCGGAGAUGGCGUCAUUUGUGAUGAUAUAAAUGAGUGCAACGCCAACGCAUUGGCCCCGUAUCACCGCGACUACGCCCAUAACUGCCACCCGGAUGCCAACUGCACCAACACCAAGGGGUCGUUCUACUGCACUUGCCAUGUGGGAUAUUCCGGGAAUGGUAUGACUUGUGUCGACAUAAAUGAGUGCAAAACUACAGCCUUAGCUCCGUACCACGGUCACUACGCCCACAACUGCCACUCUGACAGCAACUGCACCAACACCAAGGGGUCGUUCUACUGCACUUGCCAGGUGGGAUACUCAGGAUAUGGCGUCAUGUGUAUCGAUAUUGAUGAGUGUGCAAUAAAUACCGAUAAUUGCCAUUCUGAUGCCAACUGCACCAACACCAAGGGAUCGUUCUACUGCACUUGCCACGUGGGAUAUUCCGGAGAUGGCGUUACUUGUGUCGAUAUCAACGAAUGUCGGACAGAUACUUUAGCUGCGAAUCACAGUCACUACGCGCACAAUUGCCAUUACGACGCCAACUGUACCAACACCAAGGGGUCGUUCUACUGCACCUGUCAUACGGGAUACUCAGGAGACGGUGUCACUUGUGUUGACAUAAACGAAUGCCACACGUCUGCUUUGGCGCCAAUUCAUAAUCACUACGCACAUAAUUGUCACAUCGAUGCAAACUGCACCAACACCAAGGGGUCGUUCUACUGCACGUGCCAUGUGGGAUAUUCUGGUGAUGGCGUUCUUUGUGUCGAUAUUAACGAAUGCAAUGUCGCUGGUCUGGCUUCCUACCAUGGCCACUACGCCCAUAACUGUCACUCUGACGCCAAUUGCACUAACACUAAGGGGUCUUUCUACUGCACUUGCCAUACGGGGUACUCCGGAGAUGGAGUCACAUGUUUAGAUAUAAGCGAAUGCAAUUCCACGGCUCUGGCCCCAUUCCACGGCCACUACGCUCAUAACUGUCACUCUGACGCCAACUGCACCAACACCAAGGGGUCGUUCUACUGCACUUGCCAUAUAGGGUACUCUGGAGACGGUGUGCUAUGCUCUGAUCUUGAUGAAUGCUUCCCAAACGCCCUUGCCCCGUUCUACGGGCACUACGCCCAUAACUGUCACUCCGACGCCAACUGCACCAACACCAAGGGGUCGUUCUACUGCACUUGCCAUGUGGGAUAUUCUGGAAACGGUGUUACGUGUCUUGAUAUCAACGAGUGCUUUACAAACGCUUUGGCGCCGUACCAUAGUCACUACGCCCAUAACUGCCAUCUUGAUGCCAACUGCACCAACACCAAGGGUUCGUUCUUCUGCACUUGUCAUUUGGGAUAUUCCGGAGACGGAGUGACUUGUAUGGAUAUCGAUGAGUGUUUUCCAAAUGCCAUAUCUGAUCGUUACAAGCAUCUGGCGCACAAUUGCCACUCUGACGCCAACUGCACUAAUACCAAGGGGUCGUUCUACUGCACCUGCCAUGUGGGAUACUCAGGAGACGGCGUUGCUUGUACAGAUAUCAACGAGUGUCAAAACACCGCUUUGGCCCCAUACCACAAUCACUACGCCCACAACUGUCACUCUGACGCCAACUGCACCAACACCAAGGGGUCGUUCUAUUGCACGUGCCAUGUGGGAUACUCCGGAGAUGGAGUAAUUUGCACCGAUAUCGAUGAGUGCUUUCCAAACGCCAUCUCCGAUCGCUACAAGCAUUUAGCUCAAAACUGCCACUCUGACGCCAACUGCACCAACACCAAGGGGUCGUUCUACUGCACCUGCCAUGUGGGAUACUCAGGAAAUGGCGUUACUUGUGUUGAUAUUAAUGAAUGCAAGACUACAACUUUAGCCCUAUACCACAGUCACUACGCUCAUAACUGUCACUCUGACGCCAACUGCACCAAUACCAAGGGGUCGUUCUUCUGCACCUGUCAUGUGGGAUAUUCCGGAGAUGGUGUUACUUGUAUCGAUAUCGACGAGUGCAAAGACAACGCCCUGGCCCCGUACCACAGUCACUACGCCCAUAACUGCCACUCUGACGCCAACUGUACCAACACCAAGGGGUCGUUCUACUGCACCUGCCAUGUGGGAUACUCUGGAAACGGGGUGACAUGCCUCGACAUCGAUGAAUGUUUCCCAAAUGCAAUAUCUGAUCUCUACAAGCAUUUAGCUCAUAACUGUCACUCUGACGCCAACUGCACGAACACCAAGGGAUCGUUCUUCUGCACUUGCCAUACGGGAUACUCGGGAGACGGUGUUACUUGUGUUGAUAUCAAUGAGUGUAAGACCACAGCUUUAGCCCUCUACCACGGUAACUACGCCCAUAAUUGCCACUCUGACGCUAACUGCACCAACACCAAGGGGUCGUUCUACUGCACUUGUCAUGUGGGGUAUUCAGGAGACGGCGUGACAUGUGUCGAUGUGGACGAGUGCUUUCCUAGCGCUAUAUCAGAAAGAUACAAGUACUUGGCCCACAACUGCCACUCUGACGCCAACUGCACCAACACCAAGGGGUCGUUCUACUGCACUUGUCAUACGGGAUACUCGGGAGACGGAGUCACAUGCUUAGACAUCAAUGAAUGCUUUUCAAACUCCUUGGCACCGUACCACAGUCACUACGCCCAUAACUGCCACUCUGACUCCAAUUGCACCAACACCAAGGGAUCGUUUUUUUGCACCUGCCAUGUGGGAUAUUCUGGAGAUGGUGUCUCAUGUGUUGAUAUUAAUGAGUGCCAGACAACGACACUUGCACUGCACCACAGUCACUACACCCAUAACUGCAACUCCGACGCCAACUGCACCAACACCAAGGGAUCGUUCUACUGCACUUGCCAUGUGGGAUAUUCCGGAGAUGGCGUGGCCUGCCUUGACAUAAAUGAGUGUAAAACAACAGCCUUAGCUCCGUACCACGGUCACUACGCUCAUAACUGCCACUCUGACGCCAACUGCACCAACACCAAGGGGUCGUUCUACUGCACCUGUCAUGUGGGAUACUCAGGAGAUGGAGUCACGUGUGUCGACAUAAAUGAGUGCAAAACUACAGCCUUAGCUCCGUACCACGGUCACUACGCUCAUAACUGCCACUCUGACGCCAACUGCACCAAUACCAAGGGGUCGUUCUACUGCACCUGCCAUGUGGGAUACUCAGGAGACGGAGUAGCUUGCACCGAUAUCAACGAAUGUGAGAGUAAAGCUCUAGCUCCGUACCACAGUCACUACGCCCAAAAUUGUCACUCUGACGCCAACUGCACCAACACCAAGGGGUCGUUCUACUGCACCUGCCAUGUGGGAUACUCCGGGGACGGAGUAUCAUGUGUCGAUAUAAAUGAGUGCCACCCUCUUGGCAUAUCCAGUCGCUAUAAGCACCUUGCCCAUAACUGCCACUCUGACGCCAACUGCACCAACACCAAGGGGUCGUUCUACUGCACUUGUCAUGUGGGAUACUCCGGGGAUGGUGUGGUUUGCGCUGAUGUCAAUGAAUGCUUUCCAAAUAGCAUAUCUACUGGGUAUAAACAUCUUGCGCAUAACUGCCAUUCUGACGCCAACUGCACCAACACCCUGGGGUCGUUCUACUGCACUUGUCAUGUCGGAUAUUCCGGAAAUGGAGUAAUUUGCGAUGAUAUCGAUGAGUGCAGAUCAAAUGCUCUGGCUCCGUACCACAGUCACUACGCCCAUAACUGCCAUUCUGACGCCAACUGCACCAACACCAAGGGGUCGUUCUACUGCACGUGCCUUCUUGGUUAUUCUGGAAAUGGUGUCUCUUGUGUCGAUAUCGACGAGUGCACACCCAGUACAAUAUCAGAUCGAUACAAAAGUUUAGCCCACAACUGUCACUCUGACGCCAACUGUACCAACACCAAGGGGUUGUUCUUCUGCACGUGUCAUGUAGGAUACUCAGGAGAUGGCGUCACGUGUGUUGAUAUCAACGAGUGUCGAAGUGAUGCUCUGGCCCCGUAUCAUAGUCACUACGCCCACAACUGUCACUCUGACGCCAACUGCACCAACACCAAGGGGUCGUUCUUCUGCACCUGUCAUGUGGGAUAUUCCGGAGACGGCGUCACUUGUAUUGAUAUAAAUGAAUGCGAUAGUAAAAGUCUAGCGCCUUAUCACUAUGAUCAGUACGCGCAUAACUGCCACUCGGACGCCAACUGCACCAACACCAAGGGGUCUUUCUUCUGCACCUGCCAUGUGGGAUAUUCCGGGGAUGGUGUCAAGUGUGUUGAUAUCAAUGAGUGUACCUCCAACACACAUAACUGUGACUCAAAUGCAAACUGUACCAACACCAAGGGGUCAUUCUACUGUACCUGUCAUGUGGGAUAUUCUGGAGAUGGUGUAACCUGUGUUGAUAUUAACGAAUGUGACAACACCACACUUGCUCCACACCAUGCUUACUACGCUCACAAUUGCCAUGGUGAUGGAAUAUGUUACAACACCAAUGGAUCAUACUAUUGCGCCUGUCAGGUUGGGUAUACCGGCGAUGGCGUCAACUGUACGGAUAUGGACGAGUGUGCCUUAGGAAUCGACACCUGCCACAGCGAUGCUUUAUGUACCAACACCAAGGGUUCAUACACGUGCGCUUGCAAACAAGGAUACUAUGGAAAUGGAUUUCGCUGUUUUGAUACUGAUGAAUGUACAUACGACCUGGAUAAUUGCCACGCAGACGCCCUCUGCACCAAUACCAAGGGAAGCUAUAACUGCACUUGUCUUCGUGGAUACUCUGGCGACGGAUUCACAUGUAAAGAUAUCGACGAGUGCGCCCUGGGAAUACAUAACUGCAGUAAAGACGCUGCUUGCAUCAACACAAAGGGGAAUUUCUAUUGCACGUGUCUACCUGGGUACAACGGAACCGGAUACGUCUGCUCAGAUAUUAAUGAAUGUCUCGAUGGUUCUCACAACUGCCAUCCUAACGCGGAAUGCUUCAAUUUCAACGGUACCUUCCAGUGUAAUUGUUCACGUGGAUACAAAGGAAACGGCACCUACUGCGUUGAUAUCGACGAGUGUCGGGCAGGUACACACGGCUGCCAGGGCUUGUCCGUCUGUGUUAACAGCAUCGGGGGGUUCGUCUGCACCUGUGACCCGGGCUUCCGUUACAACGGGUCUGACUGCUGGGAUAUAGACGAAUGCGUGGAGAAUACACACAACUGCGACAAGAAGUUUGGAGUUUGCACAAACCGUGCACCAUUCUUCAAAUGCGCAUGCGCACUAGGCUCCAAGGGCAACGGGACCGAUUGUGUUGCUUUGGAUCGUGUUUACCACAUCAACUUGCGUCUGUCUAGAACUGUCUGGCGCGAGAACUACAGACUUUCUAACACCACACAAUACCAGAUGCUUGCAAAAAGGGUUACAGAUGAGGUUGACACCAUUUACGGCAAUGACAGAACCUACAUCGGUUCGGAAGUUCUCCAUUUCUACGACAGUAAUGGAAUGACAGAGGCUGCGUUCAAACUAAUCUUCACGCCAUACCCCACCCUCCCAACGAAGCCCCUUCUACUGUCAGUCAAACGAGGCCAAGUGGGUGUUCUUAACGUUGAAAUGGAGAAUUUCUUGAUCACAGAAAUUGCCCACUUUGUCGAAUGUCCAUACAAAUGCUCUAAACACGCGAUUUGCAAGAGGAAUGAGUCGAAGUUCGAGUGCGCCUGUGAUAGAGGGUACAUCGGGAAUGGAUUCGAGUGUAUGGACCAAAACGAGUGCGUGGUAGGGAAUGGCGGUUGUCAGCAUGGCUGCGUCAACAACCCUGAGGGAAGCUAUCACUGUAUCUGUAACUACGGCUUCGUACUGGACGCUGACAGAAAGAAAUGCAAAGCAACCACUGGUGAGACAGCUUAUUGUGGAGCUGAAUGGAAGCAAGAUGUGCUUUGGAGUCCGACAGUCGCCGGUGAAACUGCACUACAGAUUUGUCCAGACCCGCUGCUUGGCCAAGCAAGGCGGGGUUGUUACCGAGGAGUUCUGGGCGGGGUCUGGGGAGUACCGGAUAUGACGCAAUGCAUCACAAGAGCUAUGCAACAGCUGCAAGCUCAGGAGAAUGUUCUGCUCUCCAGUGGCAACAUAAGCCUGACCCAGUUAUCGGACAUGGCGGACGCACUUUACAAUGUGAUCAACCCAGAGCGCGAGAAGAUAUACGGGGGGGACAUCAAGAUAUCCAUCGAUAUAUUAGGGCGGCUCGUGAGCGCGUCUAACACAUCACUUAUAAAUGCCACCAACGAGGAGCUUACCACCUAUGUCACGAAAAUGGCACGAGCUGGUGGAUUACUUUUAGAUAAAGGCAACCGAGAUGCCUGGGACGGGAUUGAGAAGCCCGCCGUGAAGGCCAGGGAGCUGGUGACUGUGGUGGAAAGACUGACGUCUGUGGUGGCCUCCAUCCAACAGGAUAUCAUGAAAGCUUAUACAAUCUCAGAACCGGACAAAUUCGCAAGUUUGGGAAUUAAAGCUUCUACCAGUAAUAUCGGUAUUGCUGUGGAAAUGAUCGAGAUGAAUCAAUUCCGUGGGCUCAUCUACCCCAACAUGACCGGGAAAAGUAAUGACAGCCAAGAAAACAGCAUCUUCUUCCCGCCAUCACUAUUCACUCUCGCCAUCCAAAGGCACUCCAACGAAGGAUUCUACACCAGUCUCGGCUGUUUUGCUGAUAAGGAGAACGACCGCGCCAUUGCCACAAUGGAAGGCACGCAUGCUUCCCUUGUGGGCAGCUUCCUCACCAGGAAACGCGCGGUCGACAAGUGCGCAGAGGUCGCCAAAACACGUGGAUGGCAAGUGUUUGCUAUACAGGAUGGAGGUUGGUGUGCUUCAAGCGCCACCGCACAUCUCACUUACAACAAGUACGGAACCGCCGAGAACUGCGUGGCCGGGAAAGGUGGCAUGUUCGCCAACGACGUCUACAUCAUUAACGCUUAUUACGCCAGUGUCGGCACAUUCCUGUACAAGAACCUAGCUGAGCUGCUCUUACUCAACCCUCUCGUCGCCAUAAACAACGAGGUCCAGACGGGAGAUCCUAAGGUUACUAACGCCAGUAUCGCGGAUUCGGUCGUGCUCUCGGGACGAGUGGUUGGCGAGGACGAGGAGGUCUUCCACAACCUGGAAACACCCGUUGAACUUGUCUUUCGUCACAUGUACGAGAACGAGACAAACCGGGUCGACACAAGGCUUCAUUGCUCGUACCUCAACAUGGAUAUCACCAAUCCGGGCCAGUUUUGGCAGAGAGACGGCUGCACCUUGUCCUACACUAACUGGUCACAUACAGUAUGCCACUGUUAUCACCUCACGAACUUCGCGUUACUCAUGGAGGAAUACCAAGUCAUUGAGAAAAAGGAUGACUACCAUCAACGGUUGUUGGCUCAGCUGUCAAUGAUCGCUUGCGGGAUUUCGGUUUUGGGUUGUGCGGCGGUGUUUAUCGUGUAUACAGGCCUCCAGCUUACCUCCGAUCGUGCGCACGUGCAUAAAAAUCUUGCGUUCACCAUGGGCGUGGCUCAGGUUGUGUUUCUACUUGGAGGGCAUCAGACGCACAACAAGAUGCUGUGCAAGGCAGUAGGUAUACUGCUGCAUUUCUUCCUCACCGCCAUGUUUGCUUGGGUACUGGUGGAGGGCUGGCAUCUUUACCUAACACUCAUCCGGAUCUUCAACACGCAGAAGAAGAAUUUCCGCCAGAAAUACUACGUUUUGGGAUAUGGUCUCCCCACUGCCAUCACCGCCUUGUCCAUGGCGGUAUUUUGGGAAAACUAUGGUGGAGAAAACUUGUGCUGGGUGACUCGUAUUGUGUUGGUAUCUUUGUUUGUCCCCCCGAUAGCCGUCAUCAUACUGAUGAACACGGUGAUACUUGGUAUGGUCAUCGGUGUGUUGAUCUCACCCAACUCCGAGGCGCAUGACGAGCGAGCUGGAAAUGCACUCAUGCUUGAAGUCAAGGCUGGGCUCAAGACAUCCCUGGUUCUGCUGCCCCUGCUAGCUCUCACUUGGGUCCUAGGGUUCGUCCAAGUCAGCGCAGGCUCUGUGGCACUCUCCUACAUAUACGUCGUCCUCAACGCAACCAACGGCAUGUAUUUAUUUGUCAACUAUUGCUGGUUGAGCUUCGACGUCAGGACAACAUUCAAGAAAAAGUUUCUUCGCAUGAAGUUCGACCACUCAGACUCCGUGCACAUGUACGGCAUCGCGGGGAGGCAGAAGUCGGUGUCGCGCCAGAGCUCGCCCACCUCACACGAUGAGGAUCUCUUUUCCUCGUCUGUCAGCAAGGCGAAAGCCUACAACGACAGCUCGUUUGGCAAGGCUGCGUCGAAGAAGAGAAUUCAUCGAACCAGCCAAGAAAGCGUGUUGUAUGGCUCAAAUGAAAACGUCAAGAAUCAAUGGAGAGCUGCUAACCAAGACACCUGACCAAAAGAUUUCGGCGGGCGUUGAUUCACGGGAGGAAAAAGUUAUGUAUUUCUCAAAAGCAAGACCUCGAUGUUCAUUACUAGACAAAAAUAUGCUGAUACUCAAGCCCUGUUGUUUGGGAUUGCGUCGAUGUGUGGUCAACAUAACACAAACACUGUGAUCUGUUAACAGACCUGUUAUGUCAGAGACUAAGGCCUUAAACGGCAUGCCAAAGUCGCACCAUUCUGGUUCGGUUGAGGUUCAACCAAGAGCGGUUCCACAGCAAACGUGGGGUCAGGGAGUUUCUUAUUUAUAUAAUUGUGUACGCAAUAAACGGCGUGCUAACGUCGCAUCAUCCUUCGAACUUUUCUAAAGCGGAACGAUCAUGCGACCCUCCUGGCCACGCCUAAGAGGCCUCUUGUAGAUAAGCAGUUUUCUGGAUGAUUUGAUAAUAAAUCUGGUCCUAUUUUUGGAUCUUUGCCAUA